GGGACACAUGUACUGAAGGUGUCCACUACCUGAGCGGAGGCACCAGAGCAGCCAGACACGGGAAAACAGCCGACAUGAGGACGCACACGCUUCUGUCCCUAACCCUGCUGGGCCUGCUGCUGUGGGCCUCCUGCACCCAGGCCAACGACUCAGAGGAGAACAGUGACUCAGAGACAGAAACACCAGAGGAGAGAGAUGAAGAAGCUGCAGGAGAGUCAGAGGAGGAGGAGAAGAAAGAGAAAACAACAGAGAUAGAGGAGGAGAAAGAUGUGAUGGUUCUCCACAUCAACAACUUUGACAGAGCUCUGAGCGAGAACCAGUUUCUACUGGUCGAAUUCUAUGCCCCCUGGUGUGGUCACUGCAAGCGUCUGGAGCCGGUGUACGCAGAGGCUGCUGGGAAACUGAAGGAGGAGGAAGCCACGAUGUGUUUGGCCAAAGUGGACGCCAUGGAGGAGAAGGAGCUGGCUGAGGAGUUUGACAUCGGAGGUUUCCCCUCUCUCAAGCUGUUCAUCAACGGAGGCCGCAAGCAGCCUGUCGACUUCACUGAGAGUGCUCAACCGACUACUGCAGAUAAGAUCUUCACCUCGAGCAUCCUCCUGCACACCCUGCUGUUCAUCAACUCCACCGUGGAGAGUCAGGCGGCUCUGCUCGACGCAAGCAGGCCCGUUGCCAAAGAGUUCAAGGGCAAGAUGCUGUUUAUUGUAAUCGACGUGACAGACGCCAUGUCUCAUGUGCUGACAUACUUUGGCGUGUCCGAGACCGACGCCCCCACCGUUCGCAUCAUCAACAUGGAGACAGGAAAGAAGUUCAACAUCGACACCAGUGACCUCAGUGCAAACUCACUGCGACGCUUGUGCCAGGAGGUCGUGGAAGGCACUGCCGAGCCGUACUAUCGCACAGAGGAGGUCCCAGAGGACUGGAACAAAGGACCUGUCACAGUCCUGGUGGGGAAGAAUUUUGAAUCUGUUGCUCUGGACACGACCAAAAACGUCUUUGUGGAGUUUUAUGCUCCAUGGUGUGGACACUGUAAGGAGCUGGCUCCCAUCUGGGAACAGCUGGGUGAGAAGUACGCUGACCACGACGACAUUGUCAUCGCCAAGAUGGACGCUUCAGCCAAUGAGCUAGAGUCAGUCACUAUUCAAGGAUUCCCCACGCUCAAAUAUUUCCCAGCCGGCGGCAAAGAGGUCGUCGAAUACACAGGAAAGAGAGACCUGGAGACUUUCUCUGAGUUCCUGGACAAUGGAGGAGUGUUACCUGAGGAGGAAAGUAAAGAUGAGGAGGAUGAAGAGGAUGAGGAAGAUGUGGAUGUGGAUGUGGAUGUGGAUGUGGAUGUGGAUGUGGAUGAUGAUGACGAUGAUAAGGAGGGUGACAAGGACGCUGACGACUCCGCAGAGGUGCCGACCAACACAACAACUAAAGAUGAGCUAUGAUGUCACUUUGAGCCAAUCAGAGUCCACAUUGCAUCUUCCAGUUUUCUUAAUAAAAUGAAUUUGGGUUUAAA